GCGUGGCUACCGUAGAGAACGCCGCGGCUGGCCGGCCCGUAGCUGUCCUAAAUACCAGCCCUCACCUUCCCCCUCCCCUCCUUAUGACGCCAUCCUUCCCCUCCUCCCCUCGGUACUGGGAGCCAGGCCGCUCCGAACCCACACCCCCUCCCCGCGCUGCGUCACAGAGAGGCUUGUGACGGCCCCGCCCGCCUGAAAUAUCGCGCGCGGAGGUCGGUGCUGCGCGUGACGCGGCACUAGGGAGGAGGGCGAGAGCGAGAGCGAGCUCGCUGGAGAAGGCUAGAGAGGAGGCGAAAUCGAGGCGCUGAGGAGUAACUCGGUCUGGUCCGGUCCAGUCUGGUCCGCGAAAAUGUCCGUUUGACACGGUCCAGGUCUACUGGAUUUCGUGUUGUCCAUAAGCGUGCGCACAUUCCACGUAUUGAUGACUAUUUUGACCAUGGAUGGUGAAGAAAUACCAGACUUUUCAAGUUUAAAGGAGGAAACUGCUUAUUGGAAGGAACUUUCCUUGAAAUACAAACAAAGUUUUCAGGAAGCACAGGAAGAGCUGGUGGAAUUCCAAGAAGGAAGCAGAGAAUUAGAAGCAGAGUUGGAGGCUCAGCUAGUACAGGCUGAACAAAGAAAUCGAGACUUACAGGCUGAUAACCAAAGAUUGAAGUACGAAGUGGAAGCAUUAAAGGAGAAACUAGAACAUCAGUAUGCACAGAGUUAUAAGCAGGUGUCAGUUUUGGAAGAUGAUCUGAGUCAGACACGAGCUAUUAAAGAACAAUUACAUAAGUAUGUAAGAGAACUGGAACAGGCCAAUGAUGACCUAGAGCGAGCAAAAAGGGCUACAAUAGUAUCACUGGAAGACUUUGAACAAAGGCUAAAUCAAGCUAUUGAACGAAAUGCAUUUUUGGAAAGUGAACUUGAUGAAAAGGAAUCGUUGCUGGUGUCCGUACAGAGGCUAAAGGAUGAAGCAAGAGAUUUAAGACAAGAGCUAGCAGUACGUGAAAGGCAGCAAGAAGUAACCAGAAAGUCAGCUCCUAGCUCUCCAACUCUAGAUUGUGAAAAAAUGGAUUCUGCUGUACAGGCAUCCCUUUCCUUGCCAGCCACUCCUGUGGGGAAAGGGACAGAGAACAGCUUUCCUUCACCAAAAGGUAUACCAAAUGGUUUUGGUACCAGCCCACUAACUCCUUCUGCAAGGAUAUCGGCAUUAAACAUUGUGGGGGAUCUCUUGAGGAAAGUAGGGGCCUUAGAAUCCAAGUUAGCUGCUUGCAGGAAUUUUGCAAAGGAUCAAGCAUCACGGAAAUCAUAUAUUUCAGGGAAUGUUAAUUGUGGCCUGGUGAAUAGCAACAGCACAAAGUUCUCUCGUUCAGGGCAUACAUCUUUCUUUGAUAAAGGGCAAGAAAAAGUCAUAUUCCCCACCUUGUUCAUGGGACGGUAAAUGGCCUUGACCAGGUUCCUCCAACUGGUCUGGGCUCCUCCAGACCAUCAUCUGCUCCAGGUAUGCUGCCUUUGAGCGUGUGAGCACCCAGUGUCCAGGUGGAGGACUCGGCCCUCCACUGAUGAACAAGGAUAUACCUACGCCUCACCUGUCUGUGCCCACACCUGCAAGGCCCAGCUCAUGCCCUUAUAUCCACCUGCCUUCCCAUAGCCAGCAGAUGGCAUGCCAACUGCAUGCCAUGGCAAACACCGUGCCCACUGCCCUGCAGGACUCUGCUCGAUGUUAACCCUGGUUAUUUUCUCUUCUCACCAUUGUGCCCAUUGGUUUCACAUGGUUGCACUUUCGUGGGUCACAAGCUGAUACCUAUAUUACUUGGUUUCUCUGGAUACAGAAGCUCUUCCUCACCCCACUCAGCCCCUGCAGCCCUUCUUUGCUGUUUCAGUAGGAGUCAUUUGAGUGUAGGACCAGUGCAAAUCUUGGAGUUCCCUAAAAGACCACAUUGACAUGUGUCCUUCAUCACAGCAGCAUCACUCCUCCUGCUCCCCUCCCCCCAAAAGGGUCUUUUAUAACCAAAAGACUUUAGUAAUUUGGGGCCUCAAUUCUGUCCCGUAUUCAUGAUAGUCACGGACACAGGGCACAUGUUUCCUGUACCUUCUGAAGUCUUUUGAGCAGUUAGCAUUUCUCUAGGCUCCCAUCACCCAGAGCAGCAUUUAGUCUUGGCUCAUGGACAGCAAUGGACAGGGUCCCCAGGAUGUCCUAGGGGCUGUGUUCUGGAGGACUUUGCAGCUGUGAGCGUGUCUCCUUCUUUCUGUGCCUCAGACUUGGUGGGGUUGACCACCCCCUCACCAGCUUUCCAGAUCCUUCAGUUAAAAACACUAUCUUCAGAGCACUUUUGUUUUAUUCUCAGUGGGCCUAACCAGUUGAAUUGGGAGGAGUUGAGUGGCCCGUCUCCGGGGGCAAAGAGAAGACUGCCCCUCAGAAGGGUAGGACUUUACAUGUUUUUCCUGUGCAUCCUUUGAUUAUUCACAUGCUGCAUUUACUGUUUACAUUUUUUUUUGUAUAUAGGUUUGUAAACAUACUUGCCUGAGAUAUUUGUGCAUAACUUGGGCUUUGUAGCUUUAUUUAUUCAGAAUCCAUUUCGCAUGUUUAAUGAUUUAGGGUGGUGUCCUACAGGGCAGCUGUAUAAGAUCAUCAUGUGGUUUAAAAAACAACAAAACACUUCUCAUCAAAAUAAAGAUCUUUUUUGUGGAAACAGUGAAUUUUACAGAAAAGGAAGAUUGAAGUUGAUUUAUUGCCUAUAUGAGAGAAAGCAAAAGUGGGAGAAUACUAAUGAUUCAAGAAGUCCAGAUUCCUGACCCAAUAAAUCAGAAAGAAGCUACUGUUUCUGCGUGGGGGCUUCCCUAAGGGUGUUAGGGCAGGUAUAGAAGGAAGAGGCCUGGAUUCUGCUUCCAGGGGCAUAUCCUUUGUUGCCCUUUUCCCACCUAUGCCAAUCAGAAGCAGGUGGAGGGUGACCACGAAACCUUGUGAGCAGAUUCCUACCAUCUGCUUGUUAGGGUUGGUUUAUGGGGUAAAUAGGGUGGAUCCCACCAUAAUUUUUCAUCAAGUGAGGUGUUACCCACUUUUGUCAUUCUGUCAUUUGAGGUCAUUUCAAACUAGGCUUCUUAGAUUCCAACUCAAGAAUUUUCACCUCAUCUCUCAGGCUUGCUGAGUGACACCAGGUAUUUGAUAGCAGUGACAAGAACAGCGUCAGAAACCUGCAGACUGGAUGCUCACAGCUCUCGCACAGCAGGCUUCGAAUACUACCUUUGUUACAACAGAUGAACUCAGCAUUAAGAGCAAGCAGAAACUAAAAUACGAAAUAAGUAAGCAAUAUCAAGUGCUAAUUCACAUUUGUAAAAAUAAUAAAACAUUAUGCAAGUAGUCUCUGCUUUUAGACAUACUGCAUUCUUUUGGAGUCUGGGUUUAAACAAGCUCUCCGCAAGCCAGAAUCCUGGCAUCAUAUGCAUUAGGUAUCUUCCUCUGUAGGAGCAAGGGAAGGUGGCACGCUAUUAAGGCAUUGAUGAGAAAUGAGGCCGACCUAUUUUCAUGGAUGGAAUCCUAUUCAUUUAAAGUUGCAUCCUAGCUAGUGGAGGUAUUGUCUUCCAACUUAAAAUCUUAUGGGUUCAGGGGCAGCUAGAUGGUGCAGUGGUUAAAGCACCGGCCCUGGAUUCAGGAGUACCUGAGUUCAAAUCCGGCCUCAGACACUUAACACUUACUAGCUGUGUGACCCUGGGCAAGUCACUUAACCCCCAUUGCCCCGCAAAAAAAAAAAACAACUUAUGGGUUCAAUCCUAUUUUAGAUAUUUACUAGGUGCUACCAUGGACAAAUGACUUCUCAGAGUAGUUGUGAAGAAAGCACUUUGUAAACAUCAACAUACAUACAUGUAAAUUAUUAUUAGGCUUGGUCAUCACAGUACAGUGGAAACAACUAUUUGAAAUCAGAAGACAUGGGUUCUAAAUUAAUUGUGUGACUUUGGGCAAGCCACUUCUCUGGACCCUCAGGUUCUUCAUCUGUAAAAUUGAGAAGAUUGGACUAGAUAAUUUCUAAGGGUCUUUCCUGGUCUAAAACUUAUUAUUUCUGAGGUUACUUCCACCUUUGAUAUUCAGGGAUUCCUAAUAGCCUUUUAUAGUGUUGCCUGUGCUCAUGAUAUAGCUAAGGCCUCUUUAUUUUCCAAGAGUAGAAAUGAUAGACAAAGACCUGUUGCCUCUAAUAGUCAUUUCUUCUUCCCCUCCUGCUUCAUACUGCUAUUUCUCUCCAUAUGGUUGGAUUCUGCCCUUCUGCUCAGGUUAACUGUCAUAGACAUGUGUUCAUUCCCGG